GUCAUGGUUUGUAUUUAUCAUCUUAGAUACCGUGUAUAUAUUUGAAUCUAUAAUUUCUUUUCUUUUUUCAAAAUUAUUUGAUGCUUGAAUAUUUGGUAAUCAUUGUAUUACAUAAUAAAAUUUAAAUCUUGACGUUCGGUAGUUGAACGGAUGUUUAACGGUUAUAUUUAAAUCCAAUACUUUGUAAUACGGAUAAAAUGUAAGCACUUGGGAACAUUUGUUUACUAGUCAUUAUCAUUUGGUAAUGACAUGUGUAGAUUUAAAGGAAAAAAAGCUCAUAAAUAUUCAUAAUGAAUAUAAUUUGUAAAUCAUUUUAUUGGUAGUUUUAUACUUUUCCGUUUAGUUUAACUUUCAGUGUCGCGUUGAAUGAUACUUUCUUCGCGAAUCUAAUUAAUUAGUUAUUUUCUAUUUAAUAAAAUUCGUCCGAGGUUGUAUCGAUCAAAAUUUUUAAUAUCAAUUUCAUUAUCGUGAAGUGUUAUUAUAUUUUUUAGUUUUUGAGUGAUCGUAUUAAAUUUUGUUAAAAAUGAAUUUCACGAAGCUAUACAAUAGUUUAUCAGAAAAUUUAGACCAACGAGUUAAAUCAUGGCCAAUAGUUGAUACAUCUACAAUACCAAUCAUCUUACUAAUUUAUGUCAUAUUUUUAUAUGUUGCUCCUAAGUAUAUGGAAAAUAGACUGGCAUACUCUUUGAAAACAUUUAUACAAUGUUAUAAUUUAUUUCAAAUAAUAGCUAACAGUAUUGUAGUAUAUAUGUUUCUCGAUGCAGGCUGGUUACAAGAUAUAUUUUUUUAUUGUGUACCAAUGUUAUAUAAUACGGAUCAUAAAUCUAUGCAGAUAGCCACUGCAAUAUGGUAUACGCUAUUAUUGAAAGUCAUUGAUCUUAUAGAAACGGGAGUUUUCGUAUUGCGAAAAAAGAAUCGUCAAAUAUCGGUUUUGCACAUUUAUCAUCAUAUAUCAACGGUACUUUUAACAUGGAACGUGCAAAAGUUGAUUAAUCCGUAUAAAUCAAUACUUACUACUAUCCAAAUGGUACAACUAGUAAUAAUAAUAUUAUACAUAUUCUCUAUUAUUAUAUCUAAUUGUGACAUACCAAAAAUACAGGCUUAUAUUUAUCUUUUAAAUGUUCUCAUCAAUCUAGUAUUGUUCUUAAAUUUUUAUCAAAAGAAUUAUGUAAUUUCUAAAGGGAAAAAUAAGUGA